GGUUUCUUGCCCAUUUCCCAUCCGAUUCUCGAAGAUUGCCGUUUUCUUUAGCAAUCAGUUUUAUAACCAACAGUGUGUUGUGGAGACUGGGUCCGCUCAAGGGGAGGGUGGAUUGUAUCUUCUUCCAGCAAAGACCAAAGUCAUACCAUUUCAACUAGUGCCCCAGCCUGAGGAUGUUGGAAAACUACUUCAGGUCACCUCCGUUGCUUUGGAGUUGGGGUCUCGUGAGUCUCGGUGUGCUGCACUGGUGUGGAGUGGCUGGGGAGGGGAGACUGGUAACCAAAACCUCCCUUUUGUGUCAUAUGGUUUAAAAUCCGCCAGCAAGGAGGAUCAGUUUGACUGGGAUGAGUUAAAGGUCAUCUCGAAAAUCAAAAUUGAACCGCGCAAGCCUAGAGUUAAUAUCACACUGAAGCACGAACCACCCGCCCUCGUAAACGAGCUGUAUGGACUUCAGCUGGUUGUUGAGAGUUUGGAAGAUACACCGCUGAAAGACCUCAGAGUAUGGCUUGGAUUUCAGGACGAGCAGGAAUCUCCCGAAAGAGGCGCUUUGAUUUACUCAGAAGUACCCGCAGCAGAUCAGGCUGAGAGAGAUGCAACGAACUUUUUGGAAUUUACUGUGGAUGGAAAGACUGAUAAGAUCGAGAGGUCGUACUUCGUCAAAUGCUCUCAAGUGGGAUCGCGGACUGUAACAGCAAAGAUUAUUUAUACAGUAGAUGUCCAAGUAGAACCAAAUUCGUCGCCAAUCACUUGUACUUGUUCCAAGGAGGAAAGUGUUGUUAUCAAGACUGUUAUGCCAUUUGAAAUCUCUUUGUCUCUGACAAAUCUCAAGUUGGAGAGACUGGAUCAGCUGUUCGAAGAAGAACCAUUCCUCUUAUUAGCUGGUAUCAAAUGCACCUCACCUUGGCCUGUUACCAUGGUCACCACUACAUUGAAUAUGUCUCCUGAAGUGAAUAUUGUGGGUGAAGAGAUGGGAUCGCAGCUGCAAGGGAUCUCUUUGCAACAGGGUGAAAGUGCGUCGGAAUGCUACUGCUUAGCUGUUAAAGAGGGUGUCAGUAAAAUGAAGGUCGUGAACAUUGGAAGUCUUGCCCUCCAGUGGAGACGAACUUCUGCGGCUGAUAAGUUUCCAGUUGUGGUGACAGAGCUCACUUUCCCCUCUGUAACAGUAGAGAGUGUUCCUUUUGCGAUACAGGCAGAUUUGCCUGCAUACGGCUGUGUACAGACUCCACUUUUCGUAAGCUAUCUCGUCCGCAAUAGAACGCUUCAAGUCCAGGAAGUCGAAGUCACAGUGGAGCCAAGUGACGCCUUUAUGUAUUCAGGUCAUAAACAGAUUCAAUUUCGUCUGCUGCCAACUGGCGAUCACAGGCUCAAGUUCAGUUUGUACCCUCUUUACGCCGGGUUUUUGACUCUUCCCAAGCUGCAUUUCAAACUGCCUCGCUUUCAGGUUAGCUGGGAUGAACAUACGCAGAAAUUGGUUCCGACCAAUGUUUUUAUAAAGCCUCGAGGCCGGGAAUUGGAAUCAGAGAAGAAGCCUGGUUACUAGUACUAAAGAUAGCUAAUGGAACAGUGGAGACUGGAGGCAAACUUUCCAGUUAUAGUCACAAUAGGAUUUUAAGCAGUAAAGUGAUGCAGCGGAGGUUUGAACCGCUGUAAACUGACAGCCACCUGAAGGAAAUUCUUUAGUGGGGGCUUUUAUCCACUGGCUGGUGAAUUGCAGGAUGUUUAAGGCCAAACAACUCUGUGGUUAACAGAUACGCUUAUGUGUUUUUGCGCGCAUGUCGCAUUGAUAUCACGUAGAAUUUGGAGCAAAACCAAUGCAAUCUUGGAUUAAAAAUUUCCCUAUGAGUUCAAGAUUUCUUUCGCGUGGUCGUUGACGUGGGCCAAGCCUGAAUCAAUUAUCAGACAGAGAAAUCAAAAGCAAAUAAUUUAACUGUUUGGUUGAACUUCUAAAUUGAACUCGUUCAAAACUUAACAACGAAACAGGCUCAUGAUUUUUUUAGACACCUGGACAGUAUGAGGCUACGUAGUUGUGUAGCCAAUCAGAUUGCAGCUUUUGUGAAUUUCUACUGAUAUAUGAUUUAUGAUAAUUAUUUCUGUGAAUUUAUAGCUUAUACCGUCGAUUCUUAAAGAAGUUACUGUUCCUUAGCAAGGAAAUUGUAAAAGUCAACAUAGUCUUAGUCAUGUAAACUUAACUGGAAAUAAUGGAAAAAAAACAACAUCAACAAAACGAACGGGCAAUACAAAAAUGUUCAAACAACGAUGAAUGACUCAAAUUAAUGGCAGCAGCCAUAUUUCAUAUUGAAAUUUAGGAAAUAAAAAAAUAAUGUUAUGUUGCUAUGUUUACCUAUUACUUAAAGGAUCUAUAACACAAGAACAACCCAUAAAUCUUUCAAGGGGAUCGGGGAAAUCGAAAUGUAAAACAUGUCAGAGCUUCCAAAUGUCUCUUUUCUGACGAAAGAUGAGAGUUAUGUAAAUCUGCUUAGUUUAUAAUAGUCCUAGAGUACAUUUUAUAAAUAAUUGAGAUACUACAAGCCCUAAUUGGUAAAAAAAACUUUCGUUAUUGUAUGAGUAUCCUUACAGAUAAUUGAAACUUAGUCUUUUGUUUUUGAGCUUUUUUUUUUUUAAAUAAUAACUCUAUGUUAGCGUGUAAAGUGGUAUGUUGCUCACACCAAUCAGAUCACCGCAGUAGGGUAUGUAUCUCGCACCAAUCGGAUUGCCGCAUUAAGUUAUGUAUCUCGCACCAAUCAUAUGUCACAGCAAUUGGAUAUCUUUUACCUAUCAUAGUGUUUGAGUAUUGUUUUCUUGCAAAUGAUUUCACAGAAUCAGGGGCCGUGCACAAAGAAUGACGUUAACGUGAAAUUUUGGGCUUAUUUGUUGAUUGUUAUGGUUGUGACCUUCGUUUUAGCCUCGUCUAUUGAGGUCGAGAUUUAUCGGGAUAUGAAAGGUUCGUAUUUAACCUUAUUGUAAUAUUUUCAAGUUAAAACGUGUUUAUACCGCUUCUUUUCCAACAACGCACAUGUCAAACAACUUACAUUCCAUCAUGUACUAUGAAAACAACGUCCAAAGUCCAAUCAGAACAUAUCGAGUCAUUGCAAUACAUGAACAUCAGGCAAUUUUUCAGCUGCUUGAUUUGUGUUCCACUAAUCAAAUUCCAUUUUGCCACAUUAGACUUCGCUCCACCAGGUGCCAUUUCCAGGUAAACAACCUGCUUUUUCUCCAAACCAAAUGCUACUGAUAGUGAAUUUGCCACACAAUUCUCCCACGCAUUGACUUUUUCUACGAAUAAAAUUCGCUUUGGCUUUAAAUUCGACUUAACCCAUCGCUUGUUAAUUUCUUGUAAACAACCUGCAUUUUAUCACGUUUUUCACACAGGCGACAAAGUCCAGAUAGGCAACAACUAAUCAAGGAUCCCUCUUUGAAAUAUUAUCCUUUUCUUUCGUUCAGUAUAUAUUCACUCAUGCAAGAUCGCAAUAUAUUUUUGGUUAGGGUCUAUUGGAGAUACAACGUAGUUAGAUUACGUGGAAUUAUAUUUUUGAGGCGACUAACUGGAGACGAAUAAUUUUGAUUUUCUCUCUGUUAGAGCAACGGUUGUAAGCGUAGUCUCUUUCGCAACAAUUAUUUGGUUUCGUCACGCAACGGGUUCACUCUCCAACUGGAAUACAGGGUGUUGUGUGACGAGGCUAAACAACGACUGCGAAGGAGACUACAGUGAGCGUGGCACCGAUGCAUUUAAUUUUUGCUCGGAAGUAUUUAGACAAUAGAGACAAUAAAUUACAAAAUACCUGUGGGUGUUUGGAUAAAUAAGGUUUGUUUUCGUUCUCUUAAAGUGAAGUAAUGCGAUUUUUUCGUUCUUUUGAAAGUUAUGAAAAUAUUAGGACACAUAGUGACCCAUCUCAACCUACCCAGCUAAAAAACUAACUUUUGCAUGCCAGGCAUGCCUAUGUUUAGUUUAUUUUAUUAAAGGAUAGAUCGCACUUUCUAUCGGUAAUAACCCACUUGGGAUGUCGAAAGGUUUGUAAAUCGUCACCUCCAGCUCGUGAUUUACAGACUGCUCUCGUGUCGUCCCAAAAUCUGUCGUGGCAGUCUAUAGCUGAAAUAUCUUAUAUAUCGA